GGUUGUGCGAGAUCAUUCAACUAUCGCGUAAAGUGUUUACUUUAUUUCCUCCUGUUUUAAUUAUCUUCCCGUCUCGCCGAAUGCUUUGUCAACGAUUGUUGGGCCGAGUUGCCACACAACCCUUUUGGACUCGCUGCGUAACGGUUCGAGCAAUGUCAACAAACAAGUUUGAUCUUCCGGCCCGAUAUCAGGGCUCAACGAAAAGUGUUUGGGUGGAAUACAUUCAGUUGGCGCUGCAGUACAAACCCCUGAACCUGGGGCAAGGAUUCCCGGACUAUCAUGCUCCAAAGUACGCACUGGAUGCGCUGGCUGCGGCCGCCAAUAGCCCCGACCCGCUGGCGAAUCAGUAUACCCGCGGGUUCGGCCAUCCGCGUCUGGUGCAAGCGCUAAGUCGUCUCUACUCGGGAUUGGUCGGUCGUACGAUCGAUCCGCUAAGCGAAGUUCUGGUAACAGUUGGUGCGUACGAAGCGCUAUACGCAACUAUUCAAGGUCACGUCGAUCAAGGCGAUGAAGUGAUCAUUAUUGAGCCUUUUUUCGAUUGCUACGAGCCGAUGGUGAAAGCCGCCGGUGGAGUGCCACGUUUCAUUCCACUAGUUCCGACUGUUACCGGUCGCACCAUCUCGUCGGAAGAUUGGAAAGUGGAUCCCCUCGAACUGGCCAAGCUGUUUAACGAGAAAACCAAGAUGAUCAUUAUCAAUACUCCGCACAAUCCGCUCGGCAAGGUAAUGAGUAGACAAGAGCUGCAGAUGGUGGCCGACCUCUGCCAGCAAUGGAACGUGCUGUGUGUGGCCGACGAGGUUUACGAACACAUGGUUUACGCACCGUUUGAACACGUGCGGAUUUGCACACUGCCCGGCAUGUGGGACCGUACGAUUACGAUCGGAUCGGCGGGCAAAACAUUUUCUCUGACGGGCUGGAAGAUCGGUUGGGCUUACGGACCCGCCGCCUUGAUGCGUAACUUGCAGAUGGUGCACCAGAACUGUGUGUACACGUGCUCCACACCAAUUCAGGAGGCCAUUGCCGUCGGGUUCGAGCGGGAACUGAACCAACUGACGAGCCCUGAGUGCUACUUUAACAGUAUCUCGAAAGAGUUGGUCACCAAGCGUGAUAUGAUGGCCCGGUUUUUGGAGGAUAUCGGAAUGCACCCGACGGUCCCGCAGGGCGGCUACUUCAUGGUGGCCGAUUGGUCUGCGCUCGCCGACCGCGUGGACCUUUCAAAGGAGACGGAUCGCUAUCGGGACUAUCGGUUUACCAAGUGGAUGACGAAAUCGGUAGGACUUCAGGGCAUUCCACCGUCGGCGUUCUACAGCGAUGACCAUAAGCCGCUCGGGGAGGAUUUUGUGCGCUACUGUUUCUUCAAACGAGAUGACACACUUCAGCGCGCCUCUGAUAUAUUGACGGAGUGGAAGGGAAGUGGAACGAAGGCGAAGGGCUCUGCAUAAAACAAACUGAAGGGAACAGGGAAAUAUGCAUUAACGACAAUACAGCAUGGACGCAUUUGAA